AUGGCACGAGUGGAAACCACCUUUGGAGCAGAUAGCUCGGCCGUCCGAGACCCCAACCAUGCCCCCUCUGGUCGUGAUCCCGCAGCAACGCCCCAGUCGCCAGUUGGUCCCUCGGACGAAAGAAAAGGAGGACCUCGCAUUGAAAUCUUGCAAACAGCUGCUGGGGGCACCGAAACCAGUAGUGGUAGCAAUGCCGGUAGAUCCAGUCGUGCUGUAGACCAUGACCGAGAGCACGCUAAGAAUCGUCACAAUUGGGUUUCCGUGCAGCAAGCAAGCCCUCCGCCCACGACUGGCAUCGGAUCCAACAUCGCUGAGCUGGCAGCGAAAGCGCUUGAAACUGCGGGAGUCCCGGAGUCACAAGAUCUACCGGAGCCCGAGACAGCGGGUCAUACGGCUGCACACUUUGCAGUCGCUAUACCCAAGUCAGACGAUGAAGGUCAAGUUCAAGCCGGUCAGGGAAGCGUAGGUACGAAACCUGCCGAGCAAUCCAAGAGGCAGAGCCGCGGCAUGAAUACAACGACAUCCGAGAGCCUCAACCAACGGAAACGGAGCGCCACUUCUAGAGCGGUACCACCAACCAUUGAGGACACUGCCGGCGAGACAUCGAGCACCGGGAAGUCAACAGGAAGGGCAAAGCUCCCCAGGGUCGCAGAGAGCAACAAACCACAGAGUGGCUCGGGUGUUGAUGGCCUUCCAAGAUCAGGAUCAAAAUCUCAGACUACCAGCUUGGACAACACUGGAGAGACAACUGAGACUGAAGGUUUGAACGACGCUGCCAAUGCUGGCUUCCGGCUGGGAGCGUUGCAGGCCGAAAUCCAGACGAGGUUAGUCGUCUACAGCGAUGGCUCCAAAACUGAACAAGACACCGCGGGAUUCGGAUAUGCCGUUUACCGGCGGCAGCAGCUUAUCGCGCAAGGUUGCGGACAGAUUGGCAGGAGCGAAGUGUUUGACGCAGAGAUCAAAGGCGCGGUGGAAGGCCUCCGCGCUGCUCUCGCACAUCAGCGCCCAAAGGAAGGGAUCACAGUUUGUAUCGACAACACUUCUGUGAUUGACUGCAUAGGCACGACGGCACCGCCCUCAUCGCAGAUGGCGUUCCGCAUGUUCCAGAAAACAGGUGAUGCCCACCCAGGCAUGAUUCGCGUGCGAUGGUGCCCAGGGCACACCGGGAUCGAAGGCAAUGAGCUGGCCGACCAGCUUGCCAAGGAAAGUGCAAAAAUGCCGGUCGGGGACAAUCUCCCAACAGUCUCCUACUGCAGGCGCCACAUGCGCAGCCUACUCGCCAUUGCGUUCCAGCGAUGGUGGGACAAAAUUGAUCGCGAAACCUAUCGUGGACUCCAACUAAAGGCAGAGCUGAAGAAACUUCCUGAGCUCACACUUCAGCGACGGCAGCUAGGAUAUCUCCUAGCAGCGAGGACACACCAUGGAGACUUCGCCGACUACCACGAGCGCUUCAAUCACGAAGACGCCGAACUCAACUACCCAUGCGGGCGCCGGAAGUCUCCAACUCACCUCUUCUACUACAAAAGAAUCCCCCGCAGCCUCAGGCCUCGGCUGGCACCCGAGCCUGAAGCUGCGAUACGGAGAUACCUGGGUAGAUCCUUCCAAACCUACUUGCUGACUUCUAUUAUUCGAAGAUCAACAAACGAUACUAAGGAGCAGAAGGCGCCCUCAACUGGCGACUGA